AUGAGUUAUCAGCAAACCCAGGAUAUGUAUCACGACAACCCUUCGCGUUCUCCUGGCUCGCAGCGCCAUCAGCAGCCUCUUCAUCGCCAGCCUUCGCGACAGUUUGACGCCUACGGUCCGAUGCCCGUUAACCUUUACGACGACCCUAUGGCCCGCUACGAUCGUAAUCUCGACCGGCUGAACCCGUCGCUACAUAAUCCUUCCUAUGCCUACGACCUCCCUGGCUCCCAAACAUGGAACCCGAAUGGUUUUGCCAACGCCCAGGCUCUUGGAGGUAUACGUUCGGCUUCGGCAAGCCUGAAGACUGCUUCUCGCGGUACUCGAGCAGGUCUUCCAACUACAUGGCUAGAUCAACAACCCGGCAUCCCGAGUCCUUUCUCCAACAUUGGAUCGGCCCCCCUACAAGGCGGCUCGAUGCGCGAUCCUACAGGACCCUCGGAUAUUGACGACGAGUUGAUCCCUACUGCUAUCGUUAUAAAGAACAUCCCGUUCGCUGUGAAGAAGGAGCAGCUCGUUCAGCUGAUGACCGAGUUGAACCUGCCCCUGCCAUAUGCAUUCAACUAUCACUUCGAUAAUGGCGUGUUCCGUGGACUUGCUUUUGCCAAUUUCACUUCUGCGGAGGAAACAGCGACCGUGAUCGAAGUCCUGAACCAUUUCGAACUGCAAGGCAGGAAGUUAAGGGUUGAAUACAAGAAGAUGCUUCCUCUGCAAGAGCGUGAACGCAUUGAGCGUGAGAAGCGUGAGCGUCGCGGCCAACUUGAAGAACAGCAUAGGCCCAUGCCAUCUUCCCAACUGCAGACUCAGAGCUCCAUGUCGUCUCUCACAUCACACAUUCCGGCUACGUCUCCUUCUCCUGUCUCCCAGCGUGGCCAGAAGCUCGAUGUUGAUUUGAAUGAUACUCAGACCCUUUCGUACUACUCUCAACUCCUGCUGUUCAAAGAAGAUACCGGCCGCGACUCCGUGAUCUUCCCGUCCAACCUUACACCCGUCCAGCGCCGCACUGUGCAUACCCUGGCUCACAACAUGGGCCUGGGCCACGCGUCUCGCGGGAGUGGUGACCAACGCCAGGUACAAGUGUUCAAGGUCGCUCCAGGCACGAAUGUGAGCCCCCCCUUGUCUGCUAUUCCUGCCGCUGUCCAGCCCGCGGACUCGGGUCGCCGCGGGCUCAACCGCGCUGCCACUAUUGAUUUUAGCGAGUCUCGCAAUGAGGCGCCUGCUCACUUCAAUACCCUCCGUGGCCAACCCUCUGCAGGGUUUUUGGGAGUUCUAGACUCCCCUGCCAGCUUUGGUAAUACACAGAACCUACGCGCAGCAAAGUCAUUCGCAGACUUGCGUUCUUACACGCCCUCUCCUGUUCCUUCCUCGGCUAGCUUCCCGGCUGCACUACAAUCCAACGGCACACGUCUUCAGCAAUACGAUGGUGCAACGAGUGUCACAUCCAACACCCCCACCUUGACGCCUGCUCCAUCUGGAUCCUCUCUUGGUGUGCAGCGGGAUGAUGGUCUUUUGGUCAACAGCUUGAGCAGUCUGUCUCUGGGAACUGGAAUUGGAGGGCCUAACUCGAGCCCGAGGAGAUUGAGGGGUAUGUUCUCUUGGGAGCAGCCGGAAAGCCAACCCUCCAGCGCUGGCCCCAUUGGUAGUAACCGUACCAUCGGAGUUGGAUUUGACGGUCAGUCACAGGAGCGCAUGCCUAUUAGGCAGCCGAGAGGCCCCAUGCCCGAAAAAGGGCCAGGUUUCCGACGACAAAAUGGACACCAGCCGCGUGGAAGCGACGAAUUGCGCACCAACUCUGGCGUGGAAAUUAUUGUGGAGUAA